AUGCUUGCUGCAAGAGCGUCGGCCGCACGCAAUGCGUCGCGUAUAGCGCGCAACUUUGCUACCGUCGUUGACACCGCUGGCGUGAAGGUUGCGGCGGUAGACAACGGACAACCCACCUCGGCCGUCACGUUCCUCAUCAAAGCUGGAAGCAGAUAUGAGACUAAACCUGGUGUUGCUCAUGCACUGAAAAACUUUGCUUUCAAGAGCACUGCCAAACGAUCGGCUUUAGGAACAGUCCGAGAGAGCGAACUUUACGGUGGUGUUCUUUCUUCGAGCUUGUCUCGGGAGCACCUGGCUUUGACUGCAGAGUUUUUGCGAGGUGACGAGCCCUUCUUCGUGGACCUCAUUUCAUCAUUCAUUACUUCUGGAAAAUACCUUCGUCAUGAGUACGACGAAUACGUUGUCCCAGUGGUCGAGGCUGAGAGCCAAGCUGCUUCCUCGGACUCUGCAACGCUCGCUGUCGAGGCCGCUCAUGCACUUGCCUUCCGUUCCGGGCUUGGUUCGUCAAUUUUUGCUUCACCACACCACGCCAUUACCACCGAGGAAAUCAAGUCAUAUGCUUCGUCAGUAUUCAGCAAGGGCAACAUUGCUGUGGUCGGUACAGGCAUCGACCAGUCGACGCUUGCCAAGCUGGUUGAAAAAUCCCUUGCGUCUGCCGCGUCCUCCGUAGCUCCUGCUACUUCUCCAUCGUCUUACUUUGGUGGCGAGACACGCAUACAAUCGCACGGCGGCCUUCAGACGGUCUUUAUUGGCUUUGGUACAACUGGCCCAGCUGACCCUGCACUUUCUGUGCUGUCUGCCUAUCUGUCGCCUCAGCCCUCGGUGAAGUGGUCUCAGGGUCUUUCACCCAUUUCCACUAGUAUCCCUGCAGGAACAUCCGUUCAAACUGUGCUUCUGCCAUACUCGGAUGCAACGCUCUUUGGUCUUCUAGUUCAAGGUUCGACUGCCCAGGGCGUUAAAGAGGCUGCAACAGUUGCAACAAAAGCACUCAAAGAGUCGGCUGGCGUGAAGGGCGACGAGCUGCAGACGGCUAUAGCAAAAGCCAAGUUCAGCGCUGCUAGUGCCCUGGAUGGUAGAGAGGGUAUCGUAAACACCUUGGCUGCAAAGAUUUUCUCCGGCUCUGAGACCUCCAUCGAAUCCACUAUUUUGGCACUGGACAAAGUAGACGCAGCUGCUUUCUCCAAGGUUGUUUCCUCCAUCGUCAAGGGGAAGCCUACUUAUGUGGCUGUCGGUGAUAUACACGCACUGCCGUUCUCUGAUGAAAUUGGGCUUUGA